AUGGAUCAAUUAUCAUGUCUAACAUUAAAAUUACUUGGUGCUAUACAAAUGUUAUUUGAUCAUAAAAUAUUAAAAGAUAAUAAUCAAUUUGAAGAUUUUUAUGAACUUAUUAAAGCUAUUUAUGAAUUUCAAUUAAAACAAUUUAAUGUUACAUAUGGAAAUACUUUUUAUCAAAAUGGAUACAUUGGUCAUGAUCUUGAUCCAGAUGAUUUCGAAUAUAUAUCAUUUAAACGUUUUCGUUAUGGAAAAUUUAUUUUUCAGCUAUUAAACAAAUAA